AUGUUCCUAACCACCCUCCUUCUCUGUCUCUCGGAGUGGGUGUCCGCCUCGCGUGGACAUGACCGUAACUCGACCAUUGUCAACCCCAUAUUUCCCGGAUUCUACCCGGACCCGAGCUGUAUCUACCUCCCGGAGCGCGAACACACCUUCUUCUGCGCCUCAUCGAGCUUUAAUGCCUUCCCUGGCAUCCCCAUUCACGCCAGCAAAGACCUGCAGAACUGGAAGUUGAUCGGACAUGUGCUGAACCGCAGGGAGCAGCUUCCUCGUCUGGCCGAGACCAACCGGUCGACGAGCGGCAUCUGGGCACCUACCCUCCGAUUCCAUGAUGAAACUUUCUGGCUCGUCACUACGCUUGUAGAUGACGACCGGCCGCAGAAGGACUCCUCCAGAUUGGAUAACAUCAUCUUCAAGGGCAAGGAUCCGUACAAUCCCAAGUCAUGGUCGAAUGCUGUCCACUUCAAUUUUACUGGCUAUGACCCGGAACCGUUCUGGGACGAGGACGGCAAGGCGUACAUCACCGGUGCCCAUGCCUGGCAGGUUGGCCCAUACAUCGAACAGGCCGAAGUGGACUUGGACACAGGAAAAGUUGGUGAUUGGCAGAUCAUUUGGAAUGGAACUGGCGGUUUGGCACCUGAAGGUCCGCAUAUCUACCGCAAAGAUGGAUGGUACUAUUUGUUAGCUGCCGAAGACUCAGGGGGCACUGGGUUGAACCACAUGGUGACAAUGGCCCGGUCAAAGAAAAUAUCCGGUCCUUACGAGGCCAACCCCAGAAAUCCUGUCCUGACCAACGCCAACACUACGAGUUACUUCCAGACUGUCGGCCAUUCCGAUCUGUUCCAGGACGGCAAUGGGAACUGGUGGGCUGUCGCGCUCUCGACUCGCUCCGGACCCGAAUACCUGCACUACCCCAUGGGCCGGGAGACUGUCAUGACGGCAAUGAGCUGGCCCAAGGGCGAGUUUCCCAUAUUCACCCCCAUCAGCGGCGAGAUCAGUGGUUGGCCGAUACGCCAUGAGCAAGAGGACAUUCGCGGAGUGGGUCCCUACGCCAACUCCGACGAUCCCGAGCAUCUAACCUUUCCCCCUUCCACUCCCCUCCCAGCGCAUCUCACCCACUGGCGCUACCCGAUCCCGUCCUCAUACACCCCUUCCCCCCCCGAGAAGCCCAACACCCUGCGCUUAACCCCCUCCCGCAUCAACCUGACCGCCCUCAACGGCAACUACGCCGGCGCGGAAGGCCAGACGUUCAUUUCCCGCCGCCAGCAGCACACCCUCUUCGCCUACUCGGUGACGCUCGACUUCUCCCCCACCCAGCGCGACGAGGAGGCCGGCGUGACCGCCUUUUUGACACAGAACCACCACCUCGACAUGGGCGUCAUCUUGCUCCCCCGCGGAAGCGCCACCGCCUCGUCCAUCCCCGGCCUCCCCGCGGACUUGUCAAACUCAACAACAGGCGGGAUUUCAGACGAUGGAAUGGUCCCGCACGUGCGCUUCCGCGGCGAGUCGUACGUGCCCGUGCCGAAGCCGGCUAUCUUUCCCUUGCCAGAGUCAUGGCGGCGAAAAGGAGGUAAGUUGGCGCUCGAGAUCCGGGCGUGCAACGCCAGCCAUUAUGUGUUCAGCGUGGGUCCCGCGGGGAAGAGGUCCGAGAUGAGGGUUGUGAUGGAGGUUUCUAACGAACCUGUUAGCUGGGGUUUUACUGGGACAUUGCUAGGGAUAUAUGCGACGAGUAAUGGAGGGAAUGGCACGACGCCGGCCUACUUCUCGGAUUGGCGGUAUACACCGGUGGAGCAGUUCCGCGAUUAG